AUGAAUACUUUCUCUCCCUCCUCAACUUCCCUUUCUUCCACAAUUCUACCUUUCCCCUCACAUACAAAAAACUCCAUUUUAUGCUUCAAAGGAAACACCAACCAAUUUGGUUUUUCCAAAGGAACCCUCUUGCAGUUGAAGUCAAAGAUAAUUGCUUGCUCUUCUCCACAGGAUGCUGGCUCCGGUGAAAUCACACCAAACAACUUUUGCAUUAUUGAGGGGCCAGAGACUGUUCAGGAUUUUGUUCAGAUGCAAGUGCAGGAAAUUCAAGACAACAUAAAGAGCAGGCGCAAUAAAAUCUUUCUUCUCAUGGAAGAGGUAAGGAGACUGCGAGUGCAGCAGCGCCUAAGACGUAUACAAAGAGCUUUUAGUGAAGAGGGAGAAGAGGAUGCAAAUGAGAUGCCGGAAAUUCCUUCAUCAAUUCCUUUUCUUCCACAUGUGACGCCCAACAAUUUGAAGAAGCUCUAUCUAACAGGUGCAUCAUUCAUAUCUGCAAUAAUUGUAUUUGGCGGGCUUAUUGCACCGACGCUGGAGCUGAAAUUGGGUAUUGGUGGUACUUCAUAUGAGGAUUUCAUAAGAAACUUGCAUUUGCCUUUGCAACUAAGUCAGGUCGAUCCAAUUGUGGCAUCCUUUUCGGGUGGAGCAGUUGGUGUGAUUUCAGUACUGAUGUUAAUUGAGGCUAAUAAUGUUGAGCAACAAGAGAAAACAAGGUGCAAGUAUUGUCUUGGAACCGGUUACUUGGCUUGUGCUCGGUGUUCCACAAGUGGUGUAUGCUUGAACAUUGAUCCGAUUUCAGCAUCUGGUACUACUGUUAGACCCUUGCAAGUUCCUACAACCAAAAGAUGUCCAAAUUGCUCCGGUGCUGGAAAGGUUAUGUGUCCUACCUGCCUUUGCACUGGGAUGAAGAUGGCAAGUGAACAUGACCUGAGAAUUGAUCCAUUUGACUAA